AACCUUCAAGUCACAAGGCUUUUAUCCCCUAGGCCACCGGAGGCUCCAUUUGUCCUAUCAAGCAAUAUGUAUGCAUAUGUGUACAUGUCUGUGUAAAUUUUACACAUGAUAUGAGAUAUUUGAGCAAGAAUUCUGCUGCUGCUUCUUCACGAAUAGCCAUCUUGCACCAGUCAACAACACCAACAAAAAACCAAACACAUGUGCUUUUUCCCUUUUUUGUAGUAAAUUGCAAGUGUUCGUAUGGUUUCCAGAAAGCCAUGAGAUUUUUGGUGCAAGACUGCUGUUUUUGCACACAAUGCAGCAAAACGGCACAACAUUCUCACAACUAUGUUAUUCUUCCCAAUGGAAGACACAUCUACACUGUAGAAUUAAUGCAGUUUGACACCACUUUAACUGCUAUGGCUCAAUAAUUUUAAAUCCUGGGAUUUGUAGUUUGGUGAGGCAGUAGCACUCUGGCAGAGAGAAGACUAAAGGCCUUAUAAAACUACAACUCACAAUUCCAUUGAGCCAUGACAAUUAAAGUGGUGCUAAGUUGCGUUCAUUCAACAGUGUGGAUGCAGCCUGCCAGAAACUUUGCUUUUGCUAGAAAACCAAACAGCAUAAAUGUGUUAUUCCUACACCUGACCCACGUCUCUUUCACUAUGCGCUAAGUGACUCUGUGAACCAUUACCAGGGUUGUUUUCAUUGGUGGGCAAAGUUCACCAAAUUCAAUAAUUCAUUUUCAUUUUUCACAAAGGAAACAGAAGGGGGGGGGGACUAAGGCUGAACUUGCACAGAUGGUCCAAGCUCAAUUCUCCAACAAGUCCACAGUGUAGGGGAUUUGAACUAAAGGCACCAAGCUCAAACUUUGAGCCUCGGAAACCUGCACGCCAUCUGCUGGACCAGGGUGACCCUUUACCAGCCUGCUGCCUCUAGGAACCAUCUAUGCAGACAAAACAAGACCGAGAAUGAGUGUGUGUCUAUUUCAAAGGCCCUAUCCUAUUCUUUCAGGAUGAAAAAAACAAACGGGGAAAAGAUGUGAAGAUGGUAUUAUGCUGCCAAACAACUUCUUUCCUGCAGCAGCAGGGAUCCAGCUAGAAAUACAUUAUGAUGAUGAGAACACCUCCUGGGUGGGUCAGGUUUUCUUCUUAGAAAUGCCCAGAGCAUCUGUCUCUUUUAUCUACUUCCCAGGACUGGGGAACCUACUGUAUGUCCUCAUAUAUAAGUUGAUUUCAUGUAUAAGUUGAGGGCAAUUUUCAGAGCCAAAAUUAUGGAUUUUAUAUGAUCCGUAGAUAGUCAAAGACAGAGAGAGUACAGAGAGUCGAUGCUUCUUUUAGGUACUUGUAGGACUAAGCUCUCACCUUUCGCCACUCUACUCAGAGAAGGAGGUGGUUCCUUGUUUGAUAAGAGUUAUGGUACGGUGCUUACAUUGAUAAGUCAUCCCAUGUUUUGAGGUUGAUUUUUAACUAAAUCUUCUAGCCUUGUAAAUGUGUAUGCCCCUGAAUAAACCAAUGAGCAUAAAUACUAGUCAUACUAGCUAGUGCAGUGGUUCUUAACCUGUGGGUCCCCAGAUGUUUGGCCUUCAAUUCCCAGACAUCCUAACAGCUGGUAAACUGGGAUUUCUGGGAAUUGGAGGCCAAAACACCUGGGAACCCACAGACUGAGAAGCACUGGGCUAGUGGAUCCUGAGAGUUGUAAUUUUCCUAAUCUUCUUUCCUCUUCUUCCUCAAUUCUGUAUGACCUAUGGUAUUUAGGCUGUAUCUGGUUUCUUUGUGAAGGAACAAAAUCCAUCACUCCAGUCCACAUUGUUGUUUCACAUCACAUCUUUUGGGCCAUGUUGGCUGAGCACAAUGGGAGCUCUAGUCCAAUACAUCUGGUGGGUGCCAUCUUGGAGAAGCUGGUUUUUGCAUUUCAUAAAUAUCUGACCGAACAGGUAUUAGCACUCCAUUGCAGUGUGUAGUCUGCACAUAUAUUGCUAAAUUACAAAGAUAUUAUGUGGUGGAGUGGGGGGCAGACAGACCUUAGUCCCAGGGCGUGAAAUCACAUCUAGUAGCUCCUGCCAUCCCUUCUAAACCUGCACUUCUAACAUUUGGAGCAAAGUGACUGCUCCAGUAAGCACAGCAGUACCUUCAGAAACUCCAUCUGUUUGUUGUUUUCUGCCUGUUUAAACUGAUGAGAUCAUGGUUUCGUGAGGCCAGAAAGAGACAAUUAGCAUCUUUUGCAAAACCCGCAGCAGAGUAAGAGAGGUGGAAUCUCUGAGCAACACCUGUUUGCCUGGUGGCCGUCCUUUUAGCAGGGCUGCAGGAGAACUGGGCAACAUCUGGAGGUAGUUGUUAUGGGCAUGGGCAGGAGCAAAGGGAAAGCUGCAAUGCCUCCUGGUGGCAGGAGGGCCGAGGAUAGAUGGAGACAUCCGAGGAGGGAACAAACCAUGGAUACAUCCCUGAUGUGAAGAAAAAAGGUGCAGAGUAAAUCUAUGUGUCCUCAAACAUUUCACAGAUUAAGUGUGCAUCUACAUGUAGAAUUAAUGCAGUGACACCACUUUAACUGCCAUAGCUCAAUAGAGUUGACAUUUUAUGAAGUCUUUAGCCUUCUUUUCCAGACUGCUGAUACCUCACCAAACUAUAGAUUCUAUUAUUCCAUAUCUCUAAGUCAUGGCAGUUCAAGUGGUGUCAACUGCAUUACUUCUACAUCAGAAUUAUUGAAUUCUGGGCCUUACUAUUUUUUAUUGCCCAUUUUACAACUAUUUGUCCAUUUGGGGGUUAUUCUAACAUAGACACAAAAGAGUUCCUAUGAACUAUUCCUGUGUUCUUUCACGUAACUUACUCUAAGGAUGGUCUUGCCCAAUAAAAUCAGCAUAUUGUGCUAACAAGGGUUUAACAAACAUCCCCAAAAGUUUAUUUUCUUGGGGUGCAUCUAUACUGUAGAAUUAAUAUUUUAUUUUGGGAAGUAUAGAAACUGAAAAAAGUUUCUACAUCACUUUAACUAGUGUUUCAAUGCUUUGGAAUAAUGAGUGGUGGUUUUACAAUGUCUUUAGCCUUCCCUGCCACAGAAUUCUGGUGAUUCACCAAACUACAAAUCCCAGGAUUCCAUAGCAUUGAGCCAUGGCAGUUCAAGUGGUGUUAAACCACAUUAAUUUUACAGUGUAGAUCAGUGUUUCUCAACCUGGGGUUCGGGACCCCUGAGGGGGUCAUGAGGGGAUGUCAGAGGGGUCUCCAAAGACCAUCAGAAAACACAUAUUUAUGAUGGUCUUGGGAAUCUCUUUGGCAGAGAAGGCUGAAGAUCUCUAUGCAUGUCCUCAUCCUUUUUUGAAACAGACAGCAAAUCCUGUUAAUGUGGGUGAACUAUAACUCCCAACCUCUAAGAUCAGCCCCCUUGAAACCCCACCAGUAAUCAAAGUUUGGCAUGUUGGGUAUGCAUGGCAAGUUUAUUAGUUCCAUCACCAGUUUGGUACAGCCCCCCACCCCAACCCCACUGGUAUUCAAUGUUGGCCAUGUAGGUAGUGUGCCAAGCUUGGUGCAGAUCCACUGUGGACUGGGUUCAGGGUGCUCUUUGAUUGUAGGUUAACUAUAAAUUCCAGCAACUACAGCUCCCAAAUGACAAAAUCAAUCCUCCACCAGUGUUCAAAUUUGGCCGUAUCGGGUAAUUGUGCCAAAUUUGGUCCAGUGAAUGAAAAUACAUCCUGCAUAUCAGAGAUAUUUACAUUACAAUUCAUAACAGUAGCAAAAUGAUAGUUAUGAAGUAGCAACGAAAAUAAUUGUAUGGUUGGGGGUUACCACAACAUGUGGAACUGUUUUAAAGGGUCGCAGCAUUAGGAAGGUUGAGAACCACUGGUGUAAAUACACCCUUGAUAGGUAAAAAAGUGGUUGCUUCAGCGAGGAGAUGCUGGAAGGAGUGGAGACUGGCGAAAUGGCAUCAGAAUAUGGAUGUAUGUGGCCCUUCAAACAGCCACUUCUUACAGAUGUUGUGGCAGAAGCUGUAUUCCUGUGAGCCAUGAAGAGUCAGCUGUUAGUCUAGUCAGCUUCUGCAUAUGGAAUAUGGACAGAGCACCUGCUUGUCCUUUUCUUCACAUCACAAAAUGUCUCCAACCAAGGCAAAGUCCGCCACGGGUGAAAAAAGUCAAAAAACAGCCAUCUGCCUUGUCUUGCAUCCCGCUUCUGCAGAUUGGGAAACAAUUUCACGUAACUUUUAAGAAAACAAACAAAUGAACCAACACUGCCUCUUUUUUUCCUGAGGGAGUGGGGUACAAUUCUGGCUUCAAUCCUAUAUGCCUCAUUGAAUUUAACAGAGAUUACCAGCGAGUACAAAUGUGUUGCAUCAUACUGCAAGUUCCAUGGAGCCACAUUGCCCUGUCUAUUAACCACAUUUAGGAGCAAAUUCAACAUGACACUAAUUGCACGAAGGCAAUUAAUGUGCACUUUCAAAUAAUGUAAAGUGCUAGUGAGUGAGAGGACAUAGGCAGGCUUUGGGGAAGGAGAAUGUAACCCAUUAUUUUUAUGCUACAAUCCCGAUCCGCCUGCUUCUAAGAAAAAAAAAUCCAACAAAUGUUGACAUUUUGGUGCAAACAGCAACUGGAGGGGUGCUUUCUUUAGUUGAUGCCAAGGCAGGAUGGAAAGGGUUAACUUUCCCAUUUCCAACAACUUGGUUCUAAAAUUCCUCCCUGCUUAAUUCCUUACUGUGCUUGACCUUACAAACUUCCUACCUCCCUCCUGUACAUAUUAAUGCCAUUUGUGCAAUUAACUUUGGGUGCAUCUAUUCUACACUGUAGCAUUAAUGCAGUUUGACACCACUUUAACCAUCAGGCCUCAAGGCUGUGGAAUCAUGGGAGUUGUAUCUAUUUUAACCUUUGUAAACUGCCUUGUGUGCUAGACUUGAGGGCAUUAAAAGGCUGCAAAUAAAUGAAUAAAUAAAUAAUGACAAUGAUGGUAAUUUGUCUAUUAAAUUUAUUCAGCAGAUGUGCCAUCCACCGACAUUAUAAUCCUGUCUCCAACUCCACUUUCUAUUGGGGUCAUAGUUUACAGAGUGCAACAUCCUGUUUAUUGGUUGCCUACAAUUUCAUUGGUACGAUUGUUGAAAGUCAGCAUUUAUUAUUAAUAUUAUUAAUAAUAAUAAUAUACAGUAUUUACAUGGUGAUAAAAAAAGAACUUAAAAAAAUCCACACCGGCAACUAUGGGGAAGAUUAGAUGAAGUGGAAACAUGCCAAGGUGUCUACCAGGACUGGGAAUGAUAAUAGUCACCUGAAAUUAAAAGUGACAAGAGUGCUGUUAGGAUACUUCCUUAGGCUGUGACUAGAAAAUUGUGUCCUAAUGGGAAGACAUUGACACCAGGACCAAUGACACGAAGCAGGAGCAGCCUGUAUUAAUUACAGAGUUAUAUAUCUGGCACUUGUAAAGAUGGGCAAGGAGGACUGGCAAAGAGUACAUCUACACUGUAGAAUCAAUGCAAUUUGAAACCACUUGAACUGCCAUGGCUCUGUGCAAUGGAAUCAUGAGAGCUGUAGUUUAGUGUUAAUAACCUGCCUUAUUUGGAAUGUAUUAAAAGGGAGCAAAUCUGUGCUUUGAUCCAGAGGAUACGCAAGUGAACAUUGUGCAUGUCUCUUUGUACUUGAAAUGAUAGUGGAUUUAUGGAUUUGCAGAUUUGAUUAAAAAUGUUCUCUCUAGAAAUCUCUAGGUCCUUCAUUAUGGUGAAAUGAUGCUGGAGGUCCUGGAGAGGCAUAAUACCUCUCUUUAUGUACAUGGAACAUAAAUGAAUUUGAUUAGUUUAGAGUCCCGACUGCAAGAUAUUUCAUUAUGUACCUAUGUGCAAAAACAGGUACAGUAGAGUCUCACUUAUCCAACCUUCGCUUAUCCAAUGUUCUGGAUUAUCCAACGCAGUCUGCCUCCCACCCGGAUGCACAGUAGUUUCUCUAGGCAGCAAAGACUGAACUUUUUAUGGAUUUAAUUUUCGACAAUGUUGUUACUGUAAGUUCAUUUUAUGCAAUUCUAUCUUUAUUUGCAGUCAAUUUGUUAGUAGCCAAUGUUUUUGUAGUCAAUGUUUUCAAUACAUUGCAAUGUUUUGGUGCUAAAUUUAUAAAUACAGUAAUUACUACAUAAGGUUACUGUGUAUUGAACUGCUUUUUCUAUCAAUUUGCUGUAAAACAUAUAUUUUGGUGCUUAAUUUGUAAAAUCAUAACAUAAUUUGACAUUUAAUAGGCUUUUCCUUAAUACCUCCUUAUUAUCCAGCAUUUUCGCUUAUCCAAGGUUCUGCCGGCCCAUACACCAAAAUGUCAGAGAGCCAAAGGAAAAGGCGUGUUGGAAUUGUGGGCUAUGGACAUCUAGGACAGUACCUGGUGAAACGGCUCCAAGACGACGGCUUUCAACAUGGCUUGGAGCUGGCCUUUGUUUGGAAUCGAGAUUCCAGGAAGCUGGAGGGAAGUGUGCCAGCGGAGCUACGUUUGGAGAAGCUGGCAGACUUCUUGGCCUGCCAUCCUGACAUCAUCGUUGAAGUGGCCCACCCCUGCAUUGCUCGAGAAUAUGGGGUAUCCUUUCUCAAAACUGCAGAUUUCAUGGUGGGUUCACCAACAGCUCUAGCUGAUUCAGGCACCGAGCUUGAACUGCGUGAAACUGCAAGAAAGGCAGGGCACACACUCUAUAUUCCCAGUGGGGCUCUCUGGGGUGGCCAAGACAUCCAGCGACUGGACGAUGGAGGGAUGCUUCAGGCAUUAACAGUCACCAUGGUGAAACACCCUGACAGUUUUCGGCUUGGCGGGCACCUUGGGGAGCUGCUGCAAGGGGCCCGAAAGGAGCGGGUGGAGCUGUACAAUGGCCCUGUGCGCCAACUGUGUCCCCUGGCCCCCAACAACGUCAACACCAUGGCAGCAGCAUGUAUGGCUGCCUCCAGCCUGGGCUUUGAUGGUGUGAAAGGCUGCCUCAUAGCUGACCCCAACCUCCCUGACUGCCACGUGGUGGAGGUUGAAGCAACCGGGCCAGGAGGCUUCUCGGUCAACACCAGGCGCAAGAAUCCAGCUGCUUCUGGUGCUGUCACCGGAGCUGCUACUUUUGCUGCUUUCUGGAGCAGCCUGUUGGUAUGUCAAGGCCAUGGAGGCCGAGUCUAUCUCUGCUGAACCUGAAUGUUCACAAGAAAACAAGCUGAAAAUAACUGCUCCAGAGGUUCAAGCAAGGAAGGGAGUGGAUGACAAGAAAAACUGAUUGUAGGUGGCAUGUCUACAAUCCCCCCUUCCUUCCGCCUUCUGUACCUUAGUGCAUGUUUUAGUCCAUCAAUAAUACACAGAAUUGUCUACUAAUGCUGCAGCAAAUCCCACCAGCCUGUCCUCUCCUAUCAGAACUGUCUUUGAACAAAGGUAACAGGUCAGUUCCACCAUUUGGCAUACAAAAAUUAUAGGAGAUGCUGGAAGGAGAAAGGGGAAAAGUGAUUGUUGUGGUUCCAUGUUUAUGCCAGAAGACUCUCUUGUAUGUGGAGUAUGUAUGUGUUAGAAGUUGUGAAUUUUAAUCUUCAUUUCAUCAGUGGAUUUUUUUUAACUGUGUGUAUCUUAUUGUAUGUCUUUUAUCUCUUGUUCUGAUUAUGUUGUAUCCUGCCUCAAGCUGCAGGGAGAGGAGGAUAAUAAAUUUUUUUUUAUUAUUA